AUGUCCUCCACCCCCGCCAAAGGAGGCAUCACGAGCUGGGUCAAGCCUGGCGACACCUCGGGUGAGUUCAAGCGCCAGGUCUCGUCCUUCCGCUCCUGGAUCUCCCGCGACGCCGACGCCGAGUUCCCUCCCGAAAAGGGCCGCUACCACAUCUACGCCUCGUACGCCUGCCCCUGGGCCCACCGCACCCUCAUCACGCGCCGCCUCAAGGGUCUCGACGACGUGAUCAGCUUCAGCGUCGUGCACUGGCACCUCGGCGAAAAGGGCUGGCGCUUUGUCGAAAAGGGUGAGGACGUCCCCGGCGACAAUGUCGUGCCCGACCCCGUCGACGGCCACGGCGCCUUCACCCACCUCCGGGACCUGUACUUUGAGAGCGAGAAGGACUACCAGGGCCGCUUCACCGUGCCUGUGCUGUACGACAAGAAGGCCAAGCGCAUCGUGAGCAAUGAGAGCAGUGAGAUCCUGCGCAUGCUCGGCACUGAGUUUGACGACCUCAUCGAGGAAAAGUACCGCGGCUUCAACCCCUACCCAGAGCACCUCCGCAAGGAGAUCGACGAGGCCGACGAGUGGACCUACGACAAGAUCAACAAUGGCGUCUACAAGUCUGGCUUCGCCACGACGCAGGAUGCCUACGAGCGCAACGUCGUCGCCCUCUUUGAGGCCCUCGAUCGCGCCGAGGCUCACCUCGCUGCCAAGAAGGAGGGGGAUGGGCCCUACUGGUUAGGCAACGAGUUGACUGAAGUCGACAUUCGUCUGUUCGUGACCCUUAUCCGCUUCGACGUGAGUUUCCUUCCCUUCAUAAGACUCCCAGCCUUGCUCUGUUCGCUACCCAAGCCUGUCUACGUCCAGCACUUCAAGUGCAACAUUCGCGACAUCCGCUCCGGCUACCCCCGGCUCCACGCCUGGAUGCGCAACCUCUACUGGAACGAGCCUGCCUUCAAGGACACGACCCAGUUCGAGCACAUCAAGUGGCACUACACCAAGAGCCACACCCAGAUCAACCCCUACUCCAUCACGCCUGUCGGCCCCCUGCCGGAUGUGCUGCCGCUGGAUGAGGAGGUACCCGCUGCGAAGAAGCAGUAG